UUCAAUAUGGGCUUAACAAUGAUUAAAGAUGGUAUUUCCGAUGUUCAUCGUCAUAAAAAUGACAAAAUCUUGAACAAUAAACAAUUUGUGUAUCUCAAUAUUGAUAUGGAAUCAUCAUCUAUGGUAUGGAUGGCAAAGGAAUCACACGCUAUCGUCGUUGGAAACAUUAUCCGAUGUGAAAAGAAUGAUGAGUUUCCCUGCGACAUGCUUAUCCUGGCCUCCAGUGAUCCUAAAAGAAAAGUAGAGGUCACAACUGCCAAUCUGGAUGGAGAGACAUCAUUAAAAACUCAUUUUGCACAUGUUGCUACGCAAGAUGCAUUUCUACGUUUGGCUAAUAUCGAUGAGAACGUCGCUUACCAAUCACUUCCCUGGCUAGACAAACUGCUUAUCAGUGUGGAAUGUGAAGAACCAACACCAGACUUGAGACAUUUCGAGGGAAAACUAAAAGUGGAAGCAGAAAGUUCUUCAGGAGAUAAUGUUUGUGAAACCGUUCUAUUCGAAAACAUUCUCCUUCGUGGUGCAAAGUUGAAAAACACGGAAUAUAUCAUUGGAAUGCCAAUAUACACUGGAAAAGACACGAAGCUUUCAUUAAAUUCGCAAAUGGUUUCAAGAAAAUUUACUUCACGGGAGUCGAAACUUAACACGAACCUGAUAGGCUUCGGUAUUGCGUCUCUUUCAUUAAGUAUUCUCUUUACUAUUGCCACUGGAUUGUGGGCAGCUCGAAAUAUGGAGGGUAUUUGGUAUUUGCAGUCAUCAAACUUCACUGCUUGGAGAUUCAUUCAGGGUCUUUUCCUCUAUAGCUUUACAGCGAAUACUUUGGUGCAUAUAUCGCUUCUCACAAGUCUGGAAGUAGUCCAGAUGUUUUUAGCUUCAUUCAUUUCUAAUGAUAAUGAAAUGUAUGACUGCGAACAACAGCUGGGUUCUACUACCAAAACCAUUCAUGUAGCAGACGAACUAGGACAAGUUGAAUACCUAUUCAGCGACAAAACAGGCACACUUACAAAAAACAUUAUGACGCUGAAAUCAAUUGCUGUUUUUCCAUCAAAUCGAACUUACGUGGUUAGAAAUGAAAAUCAACUUAUGGAAGUCGAUCAACCCUUGGGAAGGUCAGAGCACAGAAGACUGGGUGGAGAUGAUACAUUUGAGCUUCCGGAUAGAAAACUGCUGGAUAAGAUGCCCCCAGAACUUGAAAAAUUAUUGACCGUUGCAUCUUUGUGUCAUACCAUCGAAGUGGAGGAAACAAAAAAAUCCCCAGAACAAAUCGAGAAAGAAGUCUACCAUGCCACAUCCCCGGAUGAACUGGCGCUUGUCACCGCCGCUGCAAACUUGGGUCUCGUACUGACCGCAUUUGACGUGUCAGAUGAUUGUUUCAGAAUGGCCGAAUUGAUGCGCAGAAAUUGGACAAACCGUACCAAUCAACCGGAGUACGAAAAAUUGAACUAUCAAAUAGAUGCUAUUCUUGAAUUCGAUUCCACUCGGAAACGUAUGUCUGUGAUGGUCCGUCAUCCGGAUGGGACCUAUCAUAUUCACAGCAAAGGUGCUGAGAGCAGCAUGCUAGCCCCGGAGGCUUCAAUAAGCUCUUCAAGUGACAUACAAACCCAAGUGUUGGAUCGUGUAAGCGAAUUCGCAAUAAGUGGUCUGAGAACAUUGGUGCUGGCCUCCCGUGAGCUACGGGAAACGGAGUAUAAAGAAUUACUGAUGCAGUGGAACACAAGUAUACAGUUGUUUGGAGAGGAACGGAAAAAUGCUGUGAACAAAAUUCGCAAUCGCAUCGAAAGUGGUCUGGAAUUGGUUGGUGUCACUGGGGUGGAUGAUGUGCUUUCUCCGGGAGUUCCUGAAUGUUUGACAAGUUUACGUCAGGCCGGAAUAAAAAUUUGGGUCCUUACUGGUGACAAGGAACAGACGGCAAUCACGGUCAGUCAGGCAGCUGGACACAUUCCGCACGGCAUGAGCAUUUUUCGAAUGACUCAUUGUGAGAAUAUUGGAUCGGCCGCGCGACGAAUUUUCGAAUUGUUGGAGGGUUUGAAUGCGAUUUACUCGGAACUAUGUCCAUCUGGCAAUUCAGCUGACGGUCUGACGGAUGUGGCCAGUCUGGACGAGAUCAAUGAAGUGCUGGAAACAGCUGCACAAGCUGAAAUUCUUCAUAAACUCCAAGUGAGUGGUGUUUCAUCAAUCGGCAAAGAUCAUCAGGAUAUGGCCACCAUUGUUGCGGAGAUUGAGAAAUUGAGAGCAUCUCUGAUGCAAUUUACUAAUCCGAAAAAGCGAAACAAACGACUGUUUCGUCGCAAACUGGGGGCAUAUGUUCCUUCGGCUGGAGUAUCGAUGGGACUUGUCAUUGAUGGUGAGAGUUUAGCGUAUGCGCUUGAGCCUGCUCUUUGUCCGGCAUUUUUGGAUUUGUGCUUGAGCAUGAAUGCGGUUCUGUGCUGUCGAAUGACUCCAAUCCAAAAGGCCUUUGUGGUCGAAAUGGUUCGCGAAGGAAUUAGGAAACGGGAUUCCGGUCGACCACCGGUGACCGCAGCGAUCGGAGACGGGGGAAAUGACGUGGCUAUGAUUCAUCAAGCCAGUGUGGGAAUUGGACUGUACGGACGGGAAGGUCGCGAGGCAUGCAACUCCAUACCGACAGAUUCGGAGUUCAAAUUCCGUUCCAAUCUCUUUCUAAUAUUGUUGCCAAAUGGCAAUCAGCACCUGAAACGGUUGCUACUGGUUCACGGACACUGGUGUCAACAUCGGGUCACUCACACUAUGCUACUGUUUUACUACAAAAACACGCUGUUUGUGACUGCCCGAAUGUUGGCCAUCGUAUUUGCCGCAUUCUCGGGGACCGCAUGGAUUGACUCGAUGCAAGUCAUUCUAUACAGUCUGACGUUUACCACACUCGCUCCCAUUGCGUACGGGUCAACGGAGAAACCAUUCACUGCACAACAGCUUCUCCGCAAUCCAACUUUAUAUGCCAAAAUUUCCCGUCAUCGAAGUCUACGACCCGAAAACCUGAUCCUGUACGUAUUGGACGGUAUUUGGCAAGGUGCGGUGGUAUUUUUUUGUGUCUACCACAUUUACGGUGGAGGCUCAUCGUAUGCGAGUGGUAAAUUUUUCCAACGCGUUGACGGAAAAAUGGUCGACUACGACGUGAACAUGGUAUCUACGGCGUUCUACUUUUUGCUGGUCAUCUGUGUGAACUUACGUGUCACAAUUCACAUGCGCGAUUGGAAUGUGUUCUAUCUGGGCGCAUUGAUUCUCACUUUGGUUCUGAAUGUCAUCAUCUACCUGGUGAUUCAGUUCACGUCAAAACCAACCAGUCCCCAAGCGAAUAUCUACACGAACGUCAUAUUCAACUUGACCUUCUGGCUCAGUGUUCCGGUUAUUGUUUUCACGGCCCUAUUACCAGCAACUAUCUGGCGUUUUAUCUCCGAUCACACCUGGAAAAAAGAUUUAAAUGCAGUUCAGCACGUUGAGGAACGAAAAUCGCAGGAACGAAUAUCAAAAUACGUGGUUGAGGAUGAGAGUAGAUCUUCCGAAAUGACCGAUUUCACCAAAUCUUGA